CUCAGCGCGGGCCGGCGGCGCCAUGUCCGGGACCAGCAGCCCCGAGGCCGUGAAGAAGCUGCUGGAAAACACGCAGGGAGAUCUGAGGGGCCUGAGCCUGGAGUGUCGGAAGAAAUUCCCCCCCGUCAAGGAGGCUGCUGAAUCAGGAAUAAUAAAAGUUAAAACGAUAGCUGCAAGAAACACCGAUAUUUUGGCAGCAUUGAAAGAGAACAGCUCAGAGGUAGUUCAGCCAUUUCUAAUGGGCUGUGGAACAAAGGAACCAAAGAUUACUCAACUGUGUCUAGCAGCCAUACAGAGACUUAUGUCACAUGAAGUUGUUUCAGAGGCUGCAGCUGGAAAUAUUAUUAAUAUGCUUUGGCAGCUGAUGGAAAAUAGUCUUGAAGAACUUAAGUUACUUCAGACAGUUCUAGUACUUUUAACAACCAAUACAGUUGUCCAUGAUGAAGCACUCUCCAAGGCAAUUGUCCUUUGCUUUCGACUUCACUUCACAAAAGAUAAUAUCACAAAUAACACUGCCGCAGCUACAGUGCGACAAGUAGUUACUGUCGUUUUUGAGAGAGUGGUUUCUGAAGACGAACGAUACAAAGAUGUUAUUGAACAACCAGUACCAGUUCCAGGAAACAGUAACAGAAGAUCUGUCAGUACUCUGAAACCAUGUGCUAAAGAUGCGUAUAUGCUUUUUCAGGAUCUUUGCCAGUUGGUUAAUGCUGAUGCUCCUUACUGGCUGGUGGGUAUGACAGAAAUGACCCGGACAUUUGGCCUUGAACUUCUUGAGUCAGUCCUCAAUGAUUUUCCUCAAGUGUUUUUACAACAUCAAGAAUUUAGUUUCCUCCUUAAAGAGAGGGUUUGCCCUCUUGUGAUAAAGCUGUUCUCCCCAAAUAUCAAGUUUAGACAGGGUUCCAGCACAUCAUCUUCACCUGCACCAGUGGAAAAACCAUAUUUUCCUAUCUGCAUGCGCUUGCUGAGAGUAGUCUCUGUUUUGAUCAAGCAGUUUUACAGUUUGCUGGUAACAGAAUGUGAGAUUUUCCUGUCACUGCUAGUGAAGUUUCUGGAUGCAGACAAACCACAAUGGCUAAGAGCUGUUGCAGUGGAAUCUAUCCACAGGCUUUGUGUGCAGCCCCAACUGUUAAGGUCCUUUUGUCAAUCCUAUGAUAUGAAACAGCAUUCUACCAAGGUUUUCCGUGACAUAGUAAAUGCACUGGGAUCAUUCAUCCAGUCGCUUUUUCUUGUACCAAGCACAGGAAACACUUCAACGACAGUAAACCAAACUGGAAGCAAUACAUCUGGUGGUACAGCCUCAGCACAAACCAACCCAGGAAUGCUGGGAAUGGGUGGAGGUGUGACUGUAUUACCUGCAUUUGAAUAUCGAGGCACCUGGAUACCUAUACUCACUGUAACAGUACAAGGGAGUGCUAAAGCUACCUACCUAGAAAUGCUGGAUAAAGUAGAGCCACCUACAAUUCCUGAAGGUUAUGCCAUGUCUGUGGCAUUCCACUGUUUACUGGAUCUUGUCCGUGGUAUCACUACCAUGAUUGAAGGAGAGUUGGGACAGGCUGAAACAGACAAUCAGACCAUGACUGAGGGAACUUCAUCACCAACACAGUCUUCGGAGCAGCAAGAUUCGCAGUCAGUAUCUGACCAAACUGACAAGGAGCUAGUUAACAGAGCUGUUUGGGAAGAAAUGGUGAAUGCGUGCUGGUGUGGUCUUCUUGCUGCACUGUCGCUGCUUCUUGAUGCCAGCACGGAUGAAGCUGCCACAGAAAAUAUUUUAAAAGCAGAAUUGACCAUGGCUGCACUUUGUGGAAAACUGGGUCUUGUAACUUCAAGAGAUGCCUUUAUCACUGCCAUUUGCAAAGGCUCCUUGCCUCCUCAUUAUGCCCUCACUGUACUGAACAGCACAACUACAACUCUCUCCAGCAAAUCUUAUUCUAUUCAGGGGCAGAAUGUUCAGAUGAUCAGUCCCUCAAGUGAGUCUCAUCAGCAAGUUGUAGCAGUAGGGCAACCGCUAGCUCUCCAGCCGCAGGGAACAGUAAUGCUGACUUCAAAAAAUAUCCAGUGUAUGAGGACAUUACUUAACUUGGCUCACUGCCAUGGAGCAGUUCUUGGUACAUCAUGGCAACUUGUCUUGGCUACUCUACAGCAUCUCGUAUGGAUUUUGGGUUUAAAGCCUGGCAUUGGAGGUGCCUUAAAACCCGGGAGAGCUGUAGAAGGACCCAGCACAGUUCUAACUACAGCAGUUAUGACUGAUUUACCAGUUAUAUCCAACAUACUUUCAAGACUAUUUGAAAGCUCACAGUUCCUUGAUGACGUGUCUUUACAUCAUUUAAUAAAUGCCCUUUGUUCCUUGUCUCUGGAAGCCAUGGAAAUGGCCUAUGGAAAUAACAAGGAACCAUCUCUUUUUGCUGUUGCUAAACUGUUGGAAACGGGACUGGUUAACAUGCAUAGGAUUGAGAUUCUGUGGAGACCUCUGACUGGUCACCUCCUAGAGGUCUGCCAGCAUCCAAACUCCAGAAUGAGAGAAUGGGGUGCAGAAGCGUUAACCUCUCUCAUUAAAGCAGGGCUGACAUUUAACCAUGACCCUCCAUUAUCACAAAAUCAGAGGCUGCAGUUGCUUUUGCUAAAUCCAUUGAAGGAACUGUCAAACAUUAUUCAUCCUGAUAUCAGGCUCAAACAACUGGAGUGUGUAUUACAGAUUUUGCAGAGUCAAGGUGACAGUCUGGGACCUGGCUGGCCAUUAGUCCUCGGUGUCAUGGGAGCAAUCAGAAGUGAUCAAGGAGAGUCCUUAAUACGGACUGCAUUCCAGUGUCUUCAGUUGGUUGUGACAGACUUCCUACCAACAAUGCCAUGCACUUGCCUACAAAUAGUUGUUGAAGUUGCAGGAAGCUUUGGACUUCACAAUCAAGAACUAAACAUUAGCCUAACAUCAAUUGGUUUGCUGUGGAAUAUUUCAGAUUAUUUCUUCCAAAGAGGUGAAACCAUUGAAAAAGAGCUGAACAAAGAGGAAGCAUUAUUGCAGAAGCAGGCAGAAGAGAAAGGAGUGUUGUUAAACCGUCCUUUCCACCCAGCACCGCCAUUUGACUGCCUUUGGCUCUGUCUCUAUGCCAAGCUGGGGGAACUGUGUGUAGAUCCACGACCUGCAGUUAGAAAGAGUGCUGGACAGACAUUGUUUUCUACAAUUGGUGCCCAUGGAACUUUACUUCAACAUUCAACAUGGCACACAGUUAUAUGGAAGGUUCUGUUUCACCUGUUGGAUAGGGUUAGAGAGUCUUCCACGACAGCUGACAAAGAGAAGAUUGAGUCAGGAGGAGGCAAUAUUCUCAUUCAUCAUUCAAGGGAUACAGCAGAGAAACAAUGGGCUGAGACAUGGGUAUUAACAUUGGCGGGAGUAGCGAGAAUAUUCAACACUAGGAGAUACUUACUACAACCUUUAGGAGAUUUUUCCAAAGCCUGGGAUGUUCUUCUUGAUCACAUCCAGUCUGCAGCACUCAGCAAAAACAGUGAAGUUUCCUUGGCUGCUCUGAAAAGUUUUCAGGAAAUUUUACAAAUUGUCUCUCCUGUCCGAGACUCAGAGAAACCUGAUACACCACCUGCUAUUAGUGUGCCUGCCCUCCUAGGGGCAAUGACUGCUACUGGUCUGGGCAGAUCAUUCAUGAGAACUGACUCUAUAGGAGAAAGAAUUGGAAGAUACAAUGAAUCCGAGCCACCUGUAAUAGAUGAGAUUGAAGAUUUAAAUCUUUGGUGGGCUGCCUGGAACACCUGGUAUAGGAUUGGCUCAGAAAGUACAAAGCCUCCAAUUACUUGUGAGAAAUUGACUUUCAUACCCAGCCAACCUUUUCUCACAGCUUUAAUUCAGAUAUUCCCAGCUCUCUACCAACACAUCAGAACUGGUUUCAGCAUGGAUGAUCUGCAAAAGCUCGGUGUCAUUUUACAUGGUGCUGUUUCAGUUCCAAUCAGUUCUGAUGCCUCCCCUUUCAUCCUGCCAUCUUAUACUGAAGCAGUUUUGACAAGUUUGCAGGAAGCAGUGCUUACAGCUUUAGAUGUCUUACAAAAGGCCAUAUGUGUAGGUUCAGAAAACAUGCAGAUAAUGUAUCCAGCAAUCUUUGAUCAGCUUUUGGCAUUUGUAGAAUUUUCCUGUAAACCGCCACAAUAUGGACAGCUGGAAAUGAAACACAUUGCAAAUGCAAAAUAUAAUCAGAUACAACUGUUUGCACCGGCAGAAUGGGUAGCAUUGAAUUAUGUACCAUUUGCUGAGAGAUCUUUGGAAGUUGUGGUGGAUUUAUACCAAAAGACUGCUUGCCACAAAGCUGUAGUUAAUGAGAAAGUUCUUCAGAACAUUAUUAAGACACUGAGGAUACCUCUGAGCUUGAAGUACGCCUGCCCCUCUGAAAGCACAUGGAAACUAGCAGUAUCUUCUCUUCUUAAAGUUCUUUCUAUUGGACUGCCAGUUGCAAGGCAGCAUGCCUCUUCUGGAAAAUUUGACAGUAUGUGGCCAGAACUAGCCAACACAUUUGAAGACUUUUUAUUCACCAAAAGUAUACCUCCAGAUAAUCUUUCUAUUCAAGAGUUUCAGAGAAACGAGAGUAUUGAUGUUGAGGUGGUGCAGCUCAUCAGCACAGAGAUACUGCCAUAUGCUAAUUUUAUUCCCAAGGAAUUUGUUGGUCAGAUAAUGACUAUGCUUAAUAAAGGUUCAAUACAUUCUCAGUCAUCCUCGUUUACGGAAGCAGAAAUAGAUAUUCGAAUGAGAGAAGAAUUUUCUAAGAUGUGCUUUGAAACGCUGCUUCAGUUUUCAUUCAGUAAUAAAGUCACAACUCCUCAGGAAGGAUACAUCUCUAGAAUGGCACUGUCUGUACUCUUGAAAAGAUCACAGGAUGUACUGUAUCGCUACAUAGAAGAUGAAAGAUUAAGUGGCAAGUGUCCUCUUCCACGGCAGCAAGUAACAGAAAUCAUAUUCGUUUUAAAAGCUGUCAGUACUCUAAUAGAUUCACUUAAGAAAACUCAGCCUGAAAAUGUUGAUGCAAACACAUGGGCACAAGUUAUUGCGUUGUACCCAACUUUAGUUGAAUGUAUCACUUGCUCAUCCUCGGAAGUCUGUUCAGCUCUCAAGGAGGCACUAGUUCCCUUUAAGGACUUCAUGCAUCCACCAGCACCCAAGAUCAAAAGGCAUUUCUCAUCUCAUCCUUAGCUCUCUGGAUCUUGUAAGAUAGAAUUGUGGUGCGUCCGUAUAAGUUCAUUGUUAGUACUACUCCAGCAGUUGAGUAAGACAUUUUUUCUAGUAAAAGAGGAUGUACUGAAUGAGGAAGUAGGGUGAAUGGUUAACAAUUGAUAUUCAUAGAUCAGCUAUUCUUAUUUUCUUUCAUAACAUUUUUUAUAAAUUCGAUACACAACAUUUAAACUCGUAGAGAUCUAUUUUCUAAGCAUGUUUUAAAGGCAUUUACUUUGGAAUACUUUCAAUCUCCAUUAUACUUGUUUUGAGGUUUUUUGUUAGCUUCUGUUACACAGCAACACUUAGUGAUAGAAGUCUCAACACUAUGCUGCAUGUUUGCUCCAUGGAGCCAUUCUAAUUAAUAUUUUGAACACAUGCUAGAUAUCCGCAGUGAUGCAGAACUCAGCUGAAGCAUGAACCAUAACUAAUUGUGCUCUAUGUGAUUGAUUCUUAGCCAUCAUAUAAGAAAAUAUUUUUUACACCCUUGGAUUUUGAGACCAUUUCCAGUUGCUGCAAAAGGGGUGAUAUAAGGUUUUAUUUUGUUCUGGUCAGCUAAGAAGUACCUAUUGAAUCAUACAAAUAAACAAAUGCCAACAAAAUGGCAGCUAUCCUGUCCUCCAUGAAGAUAUAGAUAUAUUUACAGAUAAAUUAAGAGAUCCAGUGGUGCCGUAACACCAGGUUGUAACUUUUUCUUUAUUUAGACAGAAAACAGUAAGCUAUCACUCUUGAGUUGUAGAAGUUGUCACAGUUGUACAAAGUGGUCUUAGUCUUGAGCUUUUACGAUUAACAGACAAUCCUGAUAAAUAUUUUAAUUUCCUGCUGUCUCCCAAAACCAGUUACUGCCUGGCAUGUAUGUCAGACUUAAAUCUCUUCAUGGGCAUGGUUUUAGCUAACCUCUUUAAGUGUCUUACUUUUAGUUGGCUAAUAAAGUUUAUAGUCUGCUGCCACUGACAAUUUAUUUUUACACUCCGUCUGUUUUUGUCUAAACAAAUUCCAUACACAAUGAUUAGAGAUGCUGUGACUGCCACUUAUCAUGCUGACCAGUAUUGUUUAAUUGUUUCCUAGUGCUCCCUUUGACAUUCUCUAUUGCCUGUUGUCUCUCAACUUAGUCUUAAAUUGUAAGCUCUUUUGGGGGAGGGACCAUCUUUUUGUUAUAUGUUUGUACAGCGACUAACACAGAGUAGCCCUGACUAGAGCCCAUAGGCACUAUUACUGGAUAAAUAAUAUAUAAUAAUGAUAAUAGUAGACAACCGCUUCUGCUUUGGACAUAAAUAUGUUUGGGGAUCAAGAAUUAUAUUUUAACUAAAAAUGUAUAUUUUAGCCAUACAGAUCACCACUGUGUUGAAGUUUUGUCAAGGGUUACCAUAGGCAAGGCUAGUAGAACACAAAAUUGCAACCCAUAAGGUUGACUGUUCCUCACUAGAAUCCUUAACUAAACUCAAACUUGAACUUAUUUUCUCAUUUCU